UUUUGAAAAGCUCACCUUCACUUGCUUCUUCCUUUAAAACCUGACGUGCCCAUUCCCGUUGACAAAGCCAAGCUCUUUACUCUCCCUCUCUCUCCCACUCUCUCUCUCUCUCCCCUAAUGGAAGCUCUCACCUUUAUGAAACUCUGGCUAACGAACACCACCGGCAAUAAACCCCGCCGUGAAACCAGAAUCUCAGAAUCCACCGUCAGAUCCUCCACAUCGUUAGAAGAUUCCUACGUCGAUCUCUGCGAAGGAGAUGAUUCCUUCUUCGACCUCGAGUUUUCUCUCUCGGACUUCUCCUUACAGAAAAACAAAACCCCUGAAGAGAGAGAAGUAAAACAGACAACGACGUUCUCUGUCUCUAAAAGCAAAGUCAUCCCUGUCGUCGAACCCACUUCCAAACCUCAAUCUCCGACCACUCCACUUAACACCGGUCGAAAGUUUCGUGCUUUCUCCUUCAAGAAGAAAGAAAACAACAGAAGCCUCAACGUAAGGUUCAAACUCGAAGACGAAACAUCAACAACGAGCUUCAGAAAAACGACGACCACUGCGAAGCCACAGCUCAAACCCGACAUGAUGUUCUUCGAGGACUCUGUUUCCUCUGUUUCUUCCUCGAAGAGAUUCUUUGAUCUCAUAAAGCCUUUAUACAACAAAACAACGAAGAAACAGAGCAUCAACAGUGUAACUACAUCUCCGGCGUCUUCACCGGCGACGGCGAGGGAGAAACAGAGGAAGAAUAUACCGUCGGGGAUUCGAAGACAACUUGGGAAGAGCCGGUCGGCGUCUGCGGCUGUCGGAGUGAUGUCUCCGGCGAAGAGACUCGACGAGUCUUUACAGGUGCAACAAGAUGGGAUUCAAAGUGCCAUUCUCCACUGCAAGAAAUCGUUUCACGGGUCAGAAUCUUGUACGUUACCGCGAUCUAGCAGUGAAUCUUACUCGCAAGAGAAACUCAGUACUUCGUCGUCUGAAGAUUCGUAUUUGUUUUCAAGAUUAUCAAGCGUUUCAAUGUCGGAGAAAUCAAUAGAUGGCCUGACUUCAAUCCAAGAACAGCGGGAGAAGAUUAGCAAUUAGGUUUUUUUUUGUUUGUAAUAGAAGACGAGAUUUUAGUUUCUUUUGAAAAAAAUAGUUCAAAAUGGGAAAAUAGAAAAAUCUUGUUGCAGGAUCAGUAACGUUUCAGAUUAGUGAUGGGUCUCCUUUUUGGCUUUGUGUAGUGACGGAUCAUUAUGUGAAUCCUGACACCUAGAGAAUUGAAAAUUUAGUAAAUGGGAGUAAAAAAAAAAGUUAAUGUGAGUAUAUAUUUAUUACAUAACUCUGUCGUCUUCGUCUGUCAC